AUGCCGGAAUGCACGCCGGAAGGAUGUUUCAAGAAUCUCGUCGGCGCCUUCUCGAAUCAGUGGUCGACAGCGCCAUACGGCCACCAACCAAAACCACGUCGGACCAAACCAUUCCGUGCCCGGGGCAAUUUCGAGAGUUUUCCAUGUAAGCAGUUGCAGUUAAUCCCGGAGUCGACUUUAUGCCCGGAAAAAAAACAUACAAUACUGGAAAAUCCGAAAAGCCAUGCGACUGAUCAAGGUGAACAACAAAAGCAAGUUCACCUUUUGGAUCAGUAUCCUGAGCAGAAGUACUUAACGGCAUGCUUUUCAAUUUCAAGUACCGACACCGAAUUCCUAGAUAACGUCAAAAACCAGAAAGUAUGCCUAGAAAACGUAGCGAUUGCUGAUCUGACGAUAGUAGGGACGGUACGAGUGGCUAACAUCGCUUUUCAUAAAACAGUUAAAGUACGCUUUACUGCCAAUGGAUGGAAGAAUUUCUACGACAUCCAGGCGUGUUAUAUAAAGGGCUCCUGCGAUGGUCCAACUGACAGAUUCGCGUUCGGUAUCACGCCCCCAAGAUCUUUUGAGACCGGGGACCGCAUAGAGCUGGCAAUAUCGUUCGAGGCGAGCGGGGGUACAUACUGGGACAAUAACAAUAAAAAGAACUAUGUGUUUGAGUGUUUCAAGAAAACUAAGCAUCACCCAAACAUUGCUACCUUGUGUUACUAUAACAAGGAUGUCAACCGUCGUGAUCCACUGCCUCAGACGCAGCGACGAAGAGUAGUCGCACACAGACAAACGUCGUAG